AUGAUUACUCGCACCCUUAUCAGAGCACCUACCAACUCGGCACGCACCCUUGUCGCCACCACCCGGACGCGUGCCAUUCACGCCACCGCCGUCGCCGGAACCAAGUCCAAGAAGGAGCCCGCCGUCGCCGCCGCUGCCGCCCCCGGCGCUCCUGCUGAUGGCGCUGCUGCUCCUGCUGCCGGUCGUAGUGGUGGGGUUCUGAGCUCGCUCCUUUACGGCUCCGAGGUCGCCAAGGCAAAGGAGGAGAAGGAGGUUCAGCACUCGAAGGUUGUCGGUCGCGGCAAGUACGUCCACGAGAAGAUCACGCACUCGGUGCUCCCCAGCCAGCGUGAGGCCUACCUCGCCGCUGCCGAGGCAUACUUUACCACCCUUGUCAACGACAGCCCCCAGCUCGGCGGUGUCAAGCUCUGCGGCUCAUGGGAGACCAUCAUUGGCGCCGUCGGCAACUUCACCCACAUUCUCGAGUACGAGGGCUACUCGGGCUACGACGAGACGCGCAAGGCCUCGCUCAAGCACGCAACCCUUCAGGCACUCCUCAAGGACAUUCUCCCCCUCCUCCAGUCUCGCCAGCACCAGAUCGUCUCCGAGUUUGCCUUUUGGCCAACCUCGCCUCCCCACGACAGCGGCUUCCCCGACGGCGGUGUGUUUGAGCUGCGUACUUACGAGCUCCAGCCCGGCAAGCUGCUCGAAUGGGAGGGCGCGUGGCGUCGUGGCCUCAAGGCUCGCCAGCGCUUUGUCCAACCCAUUGGCGCCUUCUUUGGUCAGAUUGGCCAGCUCCACGAGGUCCACCACAUCUGGCAGUACCCGGACUUGGAGACCCGCAAGAAGACUCGCGAGCAGACGUGGACAGUCAGCACCUGGGCGGACACGGUUCAGGAGACCGUCAAGUUGACCAAGUCGAUGAAGACGACCAUCAUGGUGCCGACGUCGUGGAGCCCGUUGCGGUAG